AUGGGAUCAAGUCAAACGCCUCCGCUCAAGAAAAGGUUCUACCAAGUCAAGAUCAAGAGCCUAGAGGUCACCAGUUUACAAGAAUUAAGGGGAUUGAUAGGGCAGCUCCAGCAGCAAGCCUUCCACAAAACUUACGGUAAGAUCUGGGACUUGGCUACAAUAGAAGUCUCUGCAAAGGCAAUCACUUCCCUCACCCAGUAUUAUGACCAAUCCUUGAGAUGUUUCACCUUUGAAGAUUUCCAGCUAGUGCCGACUGUAGAAGAGUUCGAAGAAAUUCUUGGAUGCCCUCUAGAAGGGAGGAAGCCUUAUCUCUUAUCUGGGUUCUACCCCUCCAUGCCUAGAAUUGCCAAAAUAGUCAGGAUUUCGGCACAGGAAUUAGAUCGGGUGAAGCAAAAUAGAAAUGGAGUGAUCGGUAUACCAAGAAAGUAUCUAGAAGAAAGAGCAAGGGCCUUGGCAGGUCAAAACGAGUGGCUUCUCUUCAUUGAUGUCCUGGCGCUGUUAAUCUUCAGAGUGUUGGUUUCUAACCUUUUCCGCCAAGAUGUGAGACACACCUGUCCACUACAAAGUCACCGUUCGUGCACCGAAAAUAGGGAAGCAAAUUGGGACCAGCUCUUGGCAAACAUAGAAAGGGUGUCGAUCAACUGGUUCCCUCGCUGGAAGGAAAGAAGAUCGAGAAUCCUAGUUUCAUGCGGAGAAUUUCCAAAUGUUCCCUUGAUGGGAACAAGGGGUUGUAUCAACUAUAAUCACGUCCUUGCGAUAAGACAGCUUGGCUACCCCAUGAGGGGGGCGCCAUCAGUGGAGAGCCUCACACCUUUCAUCACACGGGGUUUCAGUGACCCCAAUGCAAGAGUGCUUCAAGGAGUCCGCAAGGCGUGGGAAGUGGUGCAGAGAAAAGACAAAGAACUUAGGGGAAGUAACAACGGGAACGUCAGGGCUAUCAUAGGUGGUUGA